AUGCUUGCUUCUCUUCUUCGCCCAAAGAAACGUCGAGUGUACGCAGAACGCUCUCCAUUUUCGUCACCCUACACGACUCGGGAUUUGCCAUGGCCGUUCCUUCAGCGUGGCUCCGAAGCGCAGUAUGAGGAGAUACCGGGGAAUGAUGAUGAUGAUGCUGAUGAGGGUGUCGACGAUGGCGAAGAGGAUGAAAGCGGGGACGAAGACGAUGGUCCUUUCGAGUCUAGUCCCCUUUUGCCUAUCUUCUCAGCCUCUCACUUAGAUACGCUCCCCGUUUACGAUAUCACCCAUGCGAUUCGCGCACUUAUUGCAGCUCGCUGUGAGACCACGUUGUCCUGGGAUCAGUUGCGGUCGCCGCAGAUCUCUCAGUUUUUGGUAAAACCAAUCCAGCAACAGAUUAGAGCAUUUCACUUUUCUCGGGCCACACUAUAUGCGCUGUUGACCAACUGUUUGCAAUUCAACAAAGAAGUCCACCUUAACCCCGGCAAUAGUGGCACAAGCCAGACCAGGGCCAUGGUGAGUGAGCUUCUUGCCAUAAAGUUGUUGAGAGAGUAUACCACGAGAGAGUUGAUCGAUGCUCUCUCCUAUGAGUUUUUUCCUCUCCAGGGCCAGUCGUUGCCCGGGAACUCCCAACAACCCCCGGGCUGGACCCCUGCUGCGGGGAACAAGCGGCCUGGGGUAGCCCGCAUAUCUUGCCUCGAGAUAGCGAUCCGUGCCCAGGCGAAGCGGUUCCUGUCUCACCCGCUUGUCGUACAACAGCUGGAGGCGAUCUGGGCGGGCACCAUCGUUUUCCAUUCGGCUGCAGACUAUCUUCACCGCUCACCGACACGAGUCGGUCAUAGUGCAGGGCCAACGUAUGGUACUACCGUUACUACUACUACCCCUUACCCGUUUGCCGGCCAGUUAAGCCCCAGAUCGGCUGAGCUGCGUCGCUCAGUCACUCUCUAUGACCCGAGAGAUGCCUCCCUAUUUAAACUCUCUAGGCUGAGGGUUCCUCGCUACAGACAGUUUCUCUCGACGCUGUCGUUUGCUGUAUUACUGGCAUUGUUCCUCGCAGUUCUAGACCAGCGACGUGUGCAUAUUACUGCCCUAGAGGUUGUCUUUUGGUUUUGGAGCGCAGGCUUCAUGCUUGAUGAGAUUGUUGGUUUUAACGAACAGGGCUUCAGCCUGUAUCUCAUGAGCUUUUGGAACCUGUUCGACCUCGGUAUAUUGUUUCUUCUUUUCUGCUACUAUUGCCUGCGGCUGUAUGGUGCUUUCAUGCCAUUCACCCGUAAGCAAGCAGUCGCUGAUCAGGCAUAUGAUAUCCUGGCUGCAAACGCUGUCCUCCUCUUCCCUCGACUUUUCUCGAUCCUGGACCACUACCGAUACUUCUCACAGUUGCUUAUUGCGUUCAGGAUCAUGGCUUCCGACCUGGUAGCCGUAUUUUUCUUGAUUAUAAUUGCAUGCAGUGGCUUCUUUGUCGCUUUUACAUUGUCCUUCGGCAGUGGCGAAGAUCGUUCGCCUGGAUCCAUAGCGUAUGCCUUAUUUCAGAUGCUGAUGGGGUUCACGCCGACUGCAUGGGCACUCUGGAAUGAUUACAAUACGCUGGGAAAGACAAUAUUGACUGUGUUCUUGUUCAUCUGUCACUUUGUUGUGGUGACCAUUCUAAUCACUGUUCUCACUAACUCCUUCAUGGGUAUUGUGCAGAAUGCCAACCAAGAACAUCAGUUUUUGUUUGCUGUCAACACUAUCUCCAUGGUUAAGUCGGAUGCACUAUUCUCUUAUGUGGCGCCGACUAACAUUGUCGCUUGGUUAAUAACACCUUUCCGUUAUGUGAUGCCCUUCAGACAGUUUGUACGCGUUAACCGUACAAUUAUCAAGAUCACUCACCUGCCCAUUCUAUUUACCAUCUGCUUCUACGAGAAAACGAUCCUCAGCUCCAAAGUGAUCGAGCCUACAGACCUGGUUGAUUCUCAAACUCGUGCUGCCCCUCGACUUGUUCGGGAACCCUCUGUGGCAACGUAUCAGAAGGAUCGUGCGUUAGAAGAGGUCUUUCGACGCCCGUUUCACGGAGAGGCCAUGGAGCCUGUAAGGGAGAUGGAUCAAAGAAAGACCAACAAAAUCGUCAAAAAUUGGAUGCAAACCAUUGGUCCUGGUCCGGGCAACCCUCCCGAUGAGCAGGACUCAGACGAAGUCAGCCAGCUCGAAAAAAGACCCCAAAGGCUACGGCACCCUUCCCGCAGAAGACUCACCCGAAGUUUACGAGAUUUCACCGUGUCAAGCCGCUCCGUUGUGUCAAAUCCCGAAGAUCACGUCGCUUAUAUUGCAUCCUCACCAGCCACUCCCCGUGCCGGAAGGGGUUUUAUGGCGUCGACGCGAAGACGGCAGCUUUCGCGACACACAGGCAUGGAGGGGGAUGAUGAGCUCACUAGCGACGGCCAUGAAGAUCAGUCGAAUGGAAAAAGCUCUGGCGAUGAAGGUACCCCCCAAAACGAAAGCCCCGGUAAAGCAACGCCAAAGUUUUAUAGCUCUCGGCCAUCAACAGCGAAAGUCAAGUCGCGGAGAAACAGCCCCGUCCGGCGUGGUAAGCAUCAUUCACGGAGUUACUCAGGCGCCACCAUGCUAUACAGGCCCUUAUCCACAACGAGCAAUGGUGAAGAAACCGAAGCACCAUCGACCCCUGUCAGACCCAGAGCAGAGACACCGAAUCACGCAGAUUGGAUGGCUAGGUCUACUUCUGCUGACCGAUGGGCAAUGAGAAGGCACAGUACUGAUGGUCGGAGUCGGAACGUUACUAUGCCAAUCUCGAAUCCCAUGUCUGUACCGGAAUUCGGUCACUUUUUGGUUCCUGGUCCGCGAUAUAGGGAGCGCGGGCCAGAUUCCAUUCUCCAUGGCUUAGGCUCUGACAUAGGAGACAACAAGGCGAUCGCGAAUGGCUUUGUCGGAGGCGCUCCUUCAAGUCUGACUACCCAGAUGGCAUAUGUGACGGGUGGUAUGCGCCGGCCAGAUAGCUCUCACAGUAGCCAGGAUAUGCUCAGCAAGCUCGUGCUCGCUCGCAUGAACAAUAUUGAGGAAGGGUUCCGCGAAGUGAUCAGAGAGAUGAAAGAUCUCCGGCGUGAAGGCACGAGUCGAAGUCAGAGUGGACCUGACGAGUCCAAAGGAAAUCAGCGCGAGAAGAAGCGCACAGAGAAGAAGGGGAAAAAGGCUCAUCCUAGGUCUCGAAGAAGCAAGACCGGUAGUGGAGAGCAGUCGUCAGAUGCGACAUCUGAGAGCUCGCAACGGAGGAUUAUAAGAUAA